AUGGGUGGCUUUGUUCUCGCAGAUAGCAAUGGGAGAGUGGAAGUCAUUACAGAUGAACAUUUCUACGACUUGCUCGAUAAAGGGUCAAUAUCUUUUCCGGACGUUUCUAAAGAUCAGAUUUGUUCCCUAUCUAGGGGAGAUGGUCUCUCAAAGUUGAUUGUUGUUGGUCAAACCUCGUGGUUUAUAGCUCAGUGCAUCUCCCGAGCUAUAAUGAGUGUCGGUUUGACAGGGCUUGAGCUGGUCACGCUCGCAUUUGCCUUUCUCAAUGGUUUGAUGUAUUUCUUGUGGUGGGAUAAGCCAUUGGACGCCGAAUAUCGCAUCCGAAUCUAUCCUUGUUCCAGACCAGCUCCAGUUCCACUGCCAGCAUGGAUAGAUCCUCUCUCGCCAACGACACAGAUCCUCUCGCAUGGUCAACCUGAAGCAGGUGGAAGUGCGGCUGUCAACUCGAAUUUACAAAACACAACGCUAACCCAGCCUCGACAGGAUGCCACUAAAUCUUCUUUCUACGUUCACUCGGGCCAUGUGUCUCCUGGAGCAAAAGACCACAUUACGCAAGACAGAGUAUCUCGUUUACGAGAGGCCUUCCUUUUUGGAUGGAAGCGCCUCUCUCAAAUGCGUGGUUCCCAUUACACACUUGAUUCACCAGUGACGGAAAUCCCAACCUUUUACGCUCUACCACAUCGCAUUACCGCUAUUCCGGCGUGUAAUAUGGCAAUUGCGGUCAUUGGUGUUAUGUUUGGUGCAAUACAUUGCGCGGGAUGGAACCUCGGGUUUCCAACACAAGAAGAGAAGGUCCUUUGGAGAGUUUGUGCGGUAGUGGUCUCCACGCUACCUGUUCUAAUGGUUUUCCAUGCGACGCUCCUCAUGAUUGGUGGUAUCCCAACUUUUCUUUCUGGAGCUCGACACAAAGGCUUCCUUCUUCCCCUCACUCUCAGACCGCCAUCCAGUAGAACUAUUACCGUGUCCCUCACGAUGUCCGGCCCUGCUGCUGCUUCUGGUGCUUCAAAGGUGUCUGCAUUUAUCAAUCACCCUGCCGGCCCCAAGACGGUGUUCUUCUGGGCACCCUUCAUGAAAUGGGGUUUGGUUGCAGCUGGACUGAAAGAUAUGAAUCGACCUGCGGAUAAGCUUAGCGUAUCCCAGAAUCUAGCGCUCGCAGCCACUGGCUUCAUAUGGGUACGGUGGUCCCUAGUAAUCACCCCCGUGAAUUAUAAUCUGGCAGCGGUCAACUUCUUUGUGGGGCUCUCGGGCAUCACGCAAUUAGGCCGCAUUGUUAAUUAUCGAAUGAACAAUCCGGAGCCAACUAACUCCACACCUUCAACGCCUUCAAAUUCAUGA